CGCGUUAUUCUCUGCGUGGCCGGCUCCGGGUGCGGUCGGACGUGCGUUAGGUCGUCGUUCGCCAUGGCCUGUGCUGGGACUCAUCCCUCUCCUGCCGCCACGGGGGCCUCCCUCGGCUCGGCGCCGCCGCCGCCGCCGCCGCCUCUCCCCGCAGGGAUCCUGAUCGGCGACCGGCUGUAUUCUGAGGUGUCGCUCACCAUUGAUCACUCGCUGAUCCCCGAGGAGCGGCUCUCUCCGACUCCCUCCAUGCAGGAUGGGCUGGACCUGGAGAGCGAGACUGACCUGCGGAUCUUGGGCUGCGAGCUCAUCCAAGUCGCCGGCAUCCUCCUCCGCCUGCCGCAGGUGGCGAUGGCGACCGGGCAGGUGCUGUUUCAUCGCUUUUUCUAUUCCAAAUCCUUCGUCAAGCACAGCUUCGAGAUUGUUGCUAUGGCUUGCAUCAAUCUUGCUUCCAAAAUUGAAGAAGCACCUCGUCGAAUAAGAGAUGUGAUCAAUGUUUUCCAUCACUUGCGCCAGUUAAGAGCAAAAAGGACUCCAAGCCCAUUGAUACUUGAUCAGAACUACAUAAACACCAAAAAUCAAGUAAUCAAAGCAGAAAGGAGGGUGCUGAAGGAAUUGGGAUUUUGUGUUCAUGUCAAGCAUCCACAUAAGAUCAUUGUUAUGUACUUACAAGUCUUAGAAUGUGAACGUAACCAAACCCUCGUCCAAACAGCCUGGAAUUACAUGAAUGACAGUCUUCGAACCAAUGUGUUUGUUCGAUUUCAGCCAGAAACAAUAGCAUGUGCUUGUAUUUAUCUUGCUGCUAGAGCUCUACAAAUUCCUUUGCCUAAUCGUCCUCAUUGGUUUUUUCUUUUUGGAACUACUGAAGAAGAAAUUCAGGAGAUCUGUCUAACAACACUUAAGCUCUACACUAGAAAGAAGCCUAACUAUGAAUUACUUGAUAAGGAAGUAGAAAAGAGAAAAAUGGCACUACAGGAAGCUAAACUAAAAGCAAAAGGAUUAAAUCCAGAUGGAACACCAGCUCUUUCUACAUUAGGUGGCUUUUCACCUGCUUCUAAACCCUGCUCACCAAGAGAAAUGAAAAUUGAAGAGAAGUCUCCAGUGUGUAUAAAUGCAAAAGCUAUUAAAAAAGAGCCAGAAGACAGACAGGUCAUUUCCAAGAGCCCUUAUAAUGGUAUGAGAAAAGAGAGCAAGAGAAGUAGAAGCAGUAGAAGUGCUAGUCGAUCAAAGUCAAGAACAAAAUCGCGGUCCAGAUCCCAUUCUCCAAGGAGACAUUACAAUAAUAGGCGGAGUCUCUCUGGAACCUACAGCUCAAGAUCCAGAAGCAGAUCGCAUAGUCAUAGUGGAAGUCCCCGGAGACAUCAUAAUCAUGCAUCACCACACCUAAAACCCAAGCACAGCCGAGAAGAAUUGAAAGGUGCAAACAGACACAGUCACAAGAGGAAAAAGUCUCGUUCACGCUCUCAGAGCAAAUCCAGGGACCAUUCAGAUGUUGCCAAAAAACACAGGCAUGACCGAGGACACCACAGGGACAGGCGGGAGCGAUCUCGCUCAUUUGAGAGAGCUCACAAAGGCAAGCACCACAGUAGUAGUCGUUCAGGACAUAGCAGGCACAGGCGCUGACUAUGGGGCAAUGCCUCUCAGCAAUGCUUGGAUAUUUUACAUGUAUGGACUGUUUGAAACUUGAAGUCAAUUAGGAUUUAAUUUGAAGCUCAACACCUUCAAUAUGUAGGACAUUUUUUUAAGAACUGUGUUGAAUUUUUUGCACAUAAAAUACCUUAGCAGUAUCAAACUGAUUUAAAACAAUGAUCAGGUUAUAUGUGUUUAGAGUUGUAUCAAUAUGAAAACUGGAGAAUCCGUUUCUGUACAAAUGUACCUUAUUUUUAUACAAACAUAUUGCAGACAUUUCUAUUUAAGUAUAGUUAUUUGUUUAAAAUAAUGGUGGAUACUUUUCUUACACUGGUUUUAGUCUGCAUGUGUACCUUUUUUUUUUUUUUACAAAAAAAAUAAAAUAUACAACUGUUUUUAUUACUCUGCUGAAUAUCUCAUUAAACUAUCAUAUAUCAA